AAAGUUCAUCAUCUUGACUUCACUUCUCGAAAAGAGAGCAAAGAUCACCAUGCAAACACCCUGCUUCAUCACUCUCUUCAUAGCUAUCUCCAUCUCUCAAGCCACUUCUGCUUACAGAUUCCAAUUCAAAAACUUCGGUAUUAAUGGCUCUGAUCUCUUCUCGUUCCAUGGAGACGCAGAGUAUGGUCCCGACGCCGGUCGGAUGAGCCGGUCGGGUGCUCUCGCUUUGACCCAAUUCAGAAUUCCUUUCUCUCAUGGUCGAGCCAUUUACAUCAACCCAAUCACCUUGAAGCCUCCCAACAACGCUUCUUCUGUUUACCCUUUCAAGACCUCUUUCACUUUCUCCAUCACUCCUCACAACACAAACCCUACCCCUGGUCACGGUUUUGCCUUCCUCGUCGUCCCACGUAACCAAGACGACGCCGCUUCCGGUUUAGGCUACCUCAGUCUCGUGAACCGAACCAGUAACGGUAAUCCAAAUAACCAUCUCUUUGCGGUUGAGUUUGAUGUUUUUCAGGACAAGUCUCUUCACGACAUCAACGAUAACCAUGUCGGAAUCGACAUUAAUUCGGUCGACUCUGUGACUUCGGUUAAAUCCGGUUAUUGGGUUAUGACAAGAAACGGUUGGUUGUUCAAGGAUUUGAAGCUGAGCAGUGGAGAUAAGUACACGGCUUGGGUCGAGUACAACAACAAUUUAAAAGUGAUCUCGGUUACGAUCGGGCUCGCGCAUUUGAGGAAACCGAACCGGCCUUUGAUUGAAGCGAAAUACGAUCUCUCCAAUGUUCUUCUCGAGAAAAUGUAUGCCGGUUUUGCCGGUUCAAUGGGCCGUGGUGUCGAGACCCACGAGGUCUGGGACUGGACUUUCCAGAAUUAGAAAACCGGGGUUAUUUGAUCAAAAAAAAAAGAAAACCGGGGUUAUUUGAUUUGAGAUCGCUUUAAAUCGGUUUUCGUUUGGUUUGCUUUUGAUUUGAUAGCUUGUAAGUGUGGCUCCCUCUAAUAGUUGAAGCGAAAUAAAUGCUAAGUUAUCGGUU